AUGGCCUUUAAACCUACGGAUGCCCACAUGACACCCAGCCCUUCACUGCCGCAGCCGCCAAUUCCACGUCUGUCCACUUAUUCGUACCGCUAUAGCGGCUCGCUUGGGGCAUUCACAAACACGGACUUUCCAACUUUUUCCAUCCGUCCAACGGCAGAUAUGCCAUUGCCUUCGGUAUCCAUGCCUGGACUUGAGAUGGACUCGUCGCGGGAAGAGACUGACAAAGCCUUUGCCGCGGUGGAAGCCGCCCUCGGAAUCCAGAUCAACGACGGCGCAACACCGAUUGAACCAUUUCAUCUUGAGGACCUCCUGACCAGGAUCGCUGCGGCCGGCGUACUACCGCAGCGACAAAACAAAGCGGAAGGAAACGGCCCACCGCGGCUACAGCCUCCUCAAUCACUGCCCUUGCUCGACAUUCCAAAAAUUGUAAUCACUGAUGCGGAAGAAGGUUCAACUACGCAGCAACACGCACAACAGCAAAUAGCGCAAAACAGGACGAGGCAGCAGGCGCAGGAGGCACAACCGGUUACGUCUACCCACGUAUAUUUACCAUGCAGCCCUUUUACAAUCACCAUGCCCACCUUCCGCCACGGCCCAAUCCGUCUUUCCCGGUCCGACAUUGACACUUUCGGAGCUAAAAGGCUGGGAAGCUACGAAAUGCUAGACUUGGCCGUUCUUCAAAGGCCCACCCUUUCCGAUGGUACCGAUGGCUUUCCUUCUGGCAAUGUACACUUUACUCAAGGAUCGGAAACACUGGAUGUCGACGAACUCGCGUGCUGGCUCGAUGGGUUCGGGCUUGGGGGCAUUGGGGGCCUCUUGAGCUCCGAUAAAGACGAGCGCAAUAAUAAUAGCAAUACCAGAAAGGCCAAAAAGAAGGGUGGAAAUGAUACCAGGCUAGGAGGUUUGACCGGUAACAACAGGCUGGACCGGCACCGCGAUUCCGGUGGUGUAUCCGACGUCUCCAAGCCGACAGAUAUGCUUGAAUCUUCCAGCUCGCAUACGGACAGCUUUGGCUCAAUGAAGCAACCCGAAAUGGCGCAAGUCUACAAUGGCCUGCUCAUCCCGUCGGUAAACGAACCUUUACCGGGGCGCUGGGAUGCCAGACUCAAGCUCGAGGGCUAUGAUUUCGAGCACCGGGUGUUCGGGUCACAGCAUUUGGGGGAGCAUAAGCAGCAGUUCGCUAUAGGUUCGGAAAGGGGCGAUGAAAGCCUGCCAGAAAGUCCUAUGUUCGAGCUUGAUAUUACGGGCGAGGUUGUACCUAUGGGAAAGAACCUUAGCCACGAUCUGAGAGAUUUUCUUCAGUGGGCGACGGAGAAUGUGUAUACUUUUUCAUUUUAA